AUGAAAGAAAUCGUAGAAGAUGUUUUUACCUAUUUGCCAGAUGAAAUUAUAGGCUGCAUAGUAUCUUUUCUACCUAAUGAAUAUUCACUUCAAACCAGUCUCAUAUCUACUAGAUGGAGAAACUUAUGGAAUCAAAUCCUUGUUAAACAUGGAACUAUACAUGACAUCACUACUGCUGUUGCACAAUUUCUAACCAAUUUUGAUGAGUUUGAUCCAUUAAAGCAACCUCGCAAGCUUCAAUUUCACUUUGAUGAUAACAAUUUACUCUCCGCAGCUAUUGCAACUAAUAGUAAGCUUCUUCUUGAUUUCUCUUUCGGGAACAAAAAACUCGAAAGAGAAUAUCAACUAGAGUUCAAGCUCAAUAAUCUUGUUCUUCCUCCAACUUUCUUUGUCAAAAGUCUCACUUUGAAAUCGAUAAGCUAUUUGACAAGUGAAGUAGCUUCUUCCAUAGUUUCAAAUUUGGAGCAUCUUGAGACCUUGAUGAUCACUGAUUGUUGUGGAUUGCAAUCUUUGUUCAUUGAGUCUGAAAGAAAGCUUCAUAAGUUAACUAUCUUAGAUUGCUUGCAGUUGAAGUCUCUUCAUCUUAGAACUUCUAAGCUUAAAUCUUUUCGAUACUGCGGGCCUCUUCCUCGGAUUUGGCCAGAAUCUCAUUUCAACUUAAGGCAUGCCAACCUUGAUUUCAGACAGGGCCUAAGCUGCAGUGACUUGAAGGCUCAAGAUUUUGAUGAAACACUAUUAACUAUAAAGAAUUCUGAAAUUCUUACUUUAUGUCAAUGGACUUUUGAGGUACUAAUAUGGCCAUCAAUUUCUCCUUUAAGUGGAAGUUUUACAUUCUAUAAAUUGAGAGAGCUAUGCUGGAUAGGCAAUCAUGAAAAUGAAAAUAGCAUCAAUGCCUUACUUUCCUUCUUGCAAUUAUGUCCUGCUUUGGAGCAACUUAUUGUUAUGAUUGAUCCUAAAUGCUACUCAGCUCCAAAGUCCAAUUCAGGCUCAAUGAAAGAAACUAAAUAUAUAGAAUUGAAGCAACUAAAUUUGAUAAAAUUGAUGGGAUUCACAAAUUCAAUGAAUGAAAUUUCAGUGGCAAAAAAGUUAAUUGAGCUAGCGAAGGGAAAGCUUCCAAAAAUAGAGACAUCAUGUGGGAGUUAUUUGGAUGUAAUGUCUAUUUCAUGCUGUGAUUUUUAA